AAUGUUAUCCACCACCAAUCUCCCUUAGAUUUUUCUUUUGGCUGGAGGAACUUUACUGACCAUGGAAACCCCCAAUCUCGUCCAUCAUUCACCUCAAAUGUUCGCACAUUUUCUUUCCCAUUCUCUCUUUAAUUUUGAGUGACAAAGACCAGUUACCCCAGAUUUCUCUUCUUAGGUGAAAAAAAAUGUCACUUUGUUUAUCUUUCAAUGCCUUCACUGUUCACUCGCCAAAGUCCCAAACUCACAAAACACGUUUCAGUUCUCAGUUCAUCAAUCAAAUCCAGGUAAAACCAGCUCCUUUUACUUCAAAAUCAAUACCCUUUAAUGUAGAAAGGUUUAAACUUGUUAAAGCUUUAGCAACAAAGCCUGUUCAAACAGCUGUAUCAGCUUCAUUUAGAAACAAGAACCGAAAAGACAUCAAUGUUUUGGUGGUGGGUUCUACCGGUUAUAUUGGGAAAUUUGUGGUGAAAGAGUUGAUCAAUAGAGGGUUUAAUGUUAUAGCCAUUGCUAGGGAAAGAAGUGGGAUUAGAGGCAAAAACAGCAAGGAAGAUACUUUGAGUGAUUUAAAUGGAGCUAAUGUAUGUUUCUCUGAUGUCACCAAUUUAGACAUUUUGGAGAAUUCUGUGAAAAAUUUAGGGUUUCCCAUUGAUGUUGUUGUCUCUUGUCUUGCUAGCCGUACUGGUGGUGUUAAGGAUUCAUGGAAAAUUGAUUAUGAAGCUACAAAGAACAGCCUUGUUGCUGGUAAGAACUUCGGGGCUUCACAUUUUGUGUUGCUAUCUGCCAUUUGUGUCCAAAAACCCCUCCUCGAAUUCCAGCGAGCUAAGCUGAAAUUUGAGGCUGAAUUGAUGAAAGAAGCCGAAGGAGAUGACGGGUUUACUUACAGUAUUGUUAGGCCAACUGCAUUCUUUAAGAGUUUAGGGGGUCAAGUUGACUUAGUGAAAGAUGGAAAGCCUUAUGUGAUGUUUGGUGAUGGCAAAUUAUGUGCUUGUAAGCCAAUUAGUGAACAAGAUUUGGCUUCCUUCAUUGCAGAUUGUGUUUUGAAAGAGGAUAAGAUUAAUCAGAUUUUGCCGAUAGGCGGUCCUGGGAAGGCAUUGACACCAUUGGAGCAAGGGGAGAUGUUGUUUAAGCUUGUAGGGAAGGAACCAAAGUUCUUGAAAGUGCCUAUUGGGAUCAUGGACUUUGCCAUUGGGAUUCUCGACUUCCUUGUUAAGAUCUUCCCUUCAAUGGAAGAUGCCGCCGAGUUUGGUAAAAUCGGAAGAUAUUACGCUGCUGAAAGUAUGUUGAUUUUGGAUCCCGAAACUGGAGAAUACAGUGCCGAGAAAACACCGAGCUAUGGAUCCGAUACGUUGGAAGAGUUCUUCGCGAGAGUGCUGAGGGAAGGGAUGGCUGGUCAGGAAUUAGGUGAACAAUCCAUCUUUUGAAAGCUGAUUGCUUCAUUGAGUGAACCAGUUUUGUAUUAGAACAUGAUUUGAGGUAUAAGCAGCUUUCCCUAACCUUAAAAAAGAUCUAAAACUAGUGAAUCCCACAUUGUAUUUGUAAAGAUUUUACCUUGGAAACUGCCAUUGUUAUGGAAUAUAAAGAAUUGUUUCUAUUGUCUGAA